UCCUUAUCCUCGCACUUCAUCUCAUGUCCAGCAAGGUCAAGUACGGUGCAUGUCUGUUCCUUUGCCCUUGCUUCGUUGGAGACAGCGUGUCAUGCGCUUGAUCCGCGUAAAUCUUCUCAUCCCAACGCCGAGGCUGAGCGCUUCGACCCGAUGCCCCGAAGAACUCACAAAAAGUCGCGCAAUGGCUGCCAGCAAUGCAAGCAGCGUCACAUCAAGUGUGACGAGGGACGACCAUGCUGCGUGAAUUGCAGAACAUCGAGCUUUCCAUGCACCUACACUGGCCCGGCCUCCGAUACACCAUGCGCACUCCUGACGCCGGCCCCGUCGGAGGGUCAUGCAUCGUCCACAGAGAUCGAUCAGCCGCCUCUCCCCUUGAACAUGGAGCAUCUACAGCUGCUACACCAUUUCGUGAUCGAUAUGCACACCAGUUUCAGCCUUGACCCGGAGUACCAGAAAUGUUUUCAGACCACGGUCAUCAAGCAGGCAUUUGCUCAUCCAUUUUUGAUGUAUGAGCUUCUGGCCAUCUCCGCCCUUCACAUCGGCCACACCGACCCAGGCCGUCGGGAUUACUACCACACUCGAUCGACGGAGCUCCAAAGUCUCGCUUGCAGCAAUUUCAACGCCACUCAAGAGGGCGUCAGUCGCGAUAACUGUACAGCCUUGAUGUUGUUCUCGUCUUUAUUGUCACUACAUGCUCUGGCAGAUCGGCACGGCAGUCACGCAUUGGAUUCAAGAGCAUAUCUGCAAAAGUUCCUCAACAGCCUGAAGCUUAUGCAAAGUAUAAGCACCCUUGUCAUGUCAACCUGGUACAGCUAUCUUUCCACGGAGUCCGAGAUCAAAAUCUUGUUGGACAUUGAAGAUAACUCUCAAUCACCAUGCAUCUACGAGGAGUGUCAACGUCUGACCGACCUGAUUCUGGAUUCUGACAUGGAGGAACCGGCGCGUGAAGCCUGCCUCAAGGCCACCCAACGUCUGCAAUGGUCCUUUGCCGUGGCUGGCAUGCCAUAUCAACUACAUUCCACGAUUCGAUUUGUUAUUGCAUGGCCUGUCCAGCUGUCGGAAGGAUACCUCAACCUUCUCUCGGACUUCAGAGCGGAAGCCCUGAUCAUCCUUGCCUAUUAUGCCGUUUUCAUGCAUCAGUAUCGUGAAACCUGGGCAGUUGGCAAUACGGGCGUCUUGCUUCUCAGCGCCAUCCGUGCUCAACUCGCAAGCAAAUGGCUUACCUGGUUGGAAUGGCCGUAUCGCAUGUUAAAUCUGGGCUGAAGGAUGUUUUACUCUACAACUUUUUGCAGCGUGAAUGCAUAGCUAACCCCCUAUCCUUGUGACACGGCUUCGAGACAGAUUCAGCGAUUGGAACAGGUCCAAUCUGCUGAAGAACUCUGCCGCUGGUGAGAACAAUCACGCGCAGCACAGUUUACAGGAUAAUCCUUCUCCUGGUUCUAGUGGAUGGCGCCGUAAUUCGGCAUGACGUCCAGACCGGAUCGCAAGGUCUGUCGUCUAUGCAAUGCCCAGUGACAACCCGACUGUAAGAUGUGAC